UCUGACAUGUAAAGAUCUUUAUCAGUGUACUGAUACAGGUUCAUGUUUUGUUGUUGUCAAACCAAAGAAAUAAUCCCAUAUUUUCAUGCAACUCCAGGCAGCCGUGUGGCAUUUGGAGCAUCUAUCGGCAAUGUUGGAAAUACUGGACCAAUGAAUGCAGAGAUCACACUGACUUACAAAUAUGUCUUCUUUAACUCAGGUUCUUACAACCCUGCAACAGGUAUUUUCACUGCUCCUGUCAGAGGAGUUUAUUACUUCAGUUUCUUUGGUGCUAAUCCUCCACCUGGAAACAGACAUCACAGAGUACAAACAAUGCCCCCGCAUGCUGUGGCAAGUAACAGCAUGGUGUGGCAAGUAACAGCACCACACGGCAACAAUGACCUGGGUCAUAACACUAAUAUAACAACUAGACCGAUGGGGCUGCGUCUGAUGAAGAAUGGAGAGCAGAUGGUGACAGUGUACAACCAUAUUGCUGGAAAUCGCUAUGAGACAGCCACCAAUGGCAUGACUCUGCAGCUGGCUGCAGGAGACCAGGUGUACAUGCUCCGUCCGGACACCUGGAUUUAUGAUAAUGUCAACAACCACAGCACCUUCAUUGGCCAUUUGUUAUUCCCUCUGUAAGCUCAGACAAGCAUAGUUUGAAUA